AUGGAUAGAGGAAUGCGAGAUUACAACCUUAGGGCGCAGCAGAAAGGAAAAUCUCAAUCUACUGCCGCAACUAAGAGCAAAAACAGUGAGGUAAAUACUACCGAUAGUGAGCAGUCCACCACUACCACUACAGGCGCCAUGACAGGUGACACGUCAUUGCACGAGGAACGCAGCGCUCAGGGAGCAGCCAUGGGCAUGGUACCUCCGGAACUCGCGUCGUUUAUGCUGGAGUCAAGGGCUUCAUUCACACAAUUAAACGGUAAGCUGGAUAAAUUUAUGGAAGAAAUGUCUACUAUGAAAGCAGAUCUUGCUAAUACUAACCAUAAAGUAUCAGAUCUUGAAACGGGUCUUACUCUAACUUCUGAUAAAGUUUCAAGUAUUGAAAACACCUAUCUUCCCCAGUUGCGUUCCCAAAUCCUCAAUAAAAUAGAAGAACUUGAUGAAAAACUAAUAUUGAGUGAAAUUCAUGAUAGGAAAUCUAACUUACUCAUUUACGGAGUUCAACAAAGAAAUGAGAAGGAAAACACCUACGAUGUAGUGCAUGAAGUGUUUGUUCAUUUUAUGGGAAUAUCAAAGGAAGAAGCGUCCCGGGUCCCUCUUGUUAACGCACACAGGCUACCCUCUUCCACCCGUGGAGUUGCAGAAUCUCAACGUCAACCCCCAGCAAUCAUUGUCAGAUUCGUCAGGAUGAUUGACCGUGAUCGUUUGUUGUAUGGAUUUGAGCGACGACCACGUCAACACUCACCGACAUCUACCCAGCAGCCUAACCCACAGCCUCAAUCUUCCCCCUACAGUAAAGUUACCAUUCGCACCGAUUUGCCCCCGAAAAUGAAAAAGGAGAGGGGUGAAGUGGCCCAUAUCACAGUGCUGACCGCAGGAUAUACCACGAUAGAGACAUCCUCUGCUGUAAUGUACCAAUGCUACCGGAGUGUACCGGAUAGAGAUGCCUCGUUGGCAUUUGGACGAUCUGCUCCUAUAACAACAGACAAAUCACCACCAAGUGAUCAGCCACAUCAUAGAUAUAGUCAUAUCAGAGUGGUCAACUUCCCUAACAGCAAUAAUUGGCCUUCAGAUGGUUUUGGUCCCUUCUACUGUGAAGCUGUAAAAGAUGGUCGAGAAAUUACAAGGGUUACUACAUUUUUCCAGAGAAGUGAUGCUAAAUUCAUAGCAAGUGAUGGAGUGUUUACGCAGACAGUCAAUGUGAAUGACACAGGAGUGGUGAUCUCAAUGACUAAUCGAUACCAACCUGAUGAUAAUGGCAAUGUGAUUACAUGGAGGAAAGAUGGUGGUGAUGUUCUUACACAAUUAGAGGGACAGACCAAUAUCAACUUCCCAAACCCAAUCGAAAUAUCAAACCAAGGGAUCUAUGAGAUCUUCUAUGGUGGCGAGAGGGAUCAAAACAGAGGAGGAAUAUACCGACUUAUUGUCACUGAAUGUCCUGCUGGUAUUUGGGGUCCACCUGAAUGCUAUGGUAUCUGUGAUAACUGCUAUAAUGGUGGAGUCUGUGACGAUACGUCUGGUCUUUGCAUCUGUCCAAACAACUUCAUGGGAAAAAAUUGUUUAGAAAUUUGCAGGGAUAAUGGAGGGAAUAAGUUUGGAUUAAACUGUGAAUUUAAUUGCUCAAGUCGUAACUUGCCCACUAGCUGUCGUGGCUAUCUGUUUUGCCUACCUGAUCCGUAUGGAUGUUCAUGUGAUGUUGGUUCCCAAGGUCUUGCAUGUGAUAGUGAUUGUGAUGUUGGCACAUAUGGUCCAGGGUGCUCACAAAUAUGUCACUGUGCUGAUGUAUCAUCAUGUGACCCUUUUAGUGGAAUAUGUACUGCAGGUGGAUGUCAGUCUGGCUGGUCAGGAAACAAUUGUCAAAUUCCUGAUACAUGCGAGGCUGGUUAUUAUGGAUCUCAAUGUAUUGAUAAAUGUCAUUGCAUGGAUGAUGUAUCAUGUGAUAAAACAACAGGAGCAUGUCCUCAGAAGUGUGCCUUAGGAUACAGCGUACGUGAUGGUCAGGAAAAUUGUCAAGGUGAAUUAUUUUAUUUCAUUGACUCGUACUCGAUUUCUCAAAGAAUAUAG